AUGUUUUUGUGCCUCAUUUCUUUGGUAAUGGCAGGUGGUUAUACUCAUCAUUUAGCAACAGAGAAAGACGUUGAUAGUGAAAUAGCAAAUUGCUUUCACAGACGCAUUCUUAAUGAAAACUCGUUUGCAUUUAGGCGUGCAGUUGAUCUUUCCGUCGGGGAUUUGCUCCCCGAUCUAGACCAACGGCUUAACCAAAUACGGAAUAAGAUGUUAGCCAAGGUAUUUCUCGAAGAGAACGGCGUAACCUACAAUGAGUACCUAAGUGCUGUAGGUCUUUUGGAUCCUUUUUUGCCACAAAUGCAUGACACGCAGAAGGACCACGGUGCUCCCAUCAUUCUGCCUUACGACUUCAGCGAUUAUGGAUCCAAUUGUGUAGAUGGACUGGCAGUUUGGAGUCUGUUACUAGCAGAAAUUGAUCUCCUCCUGGCUGAUGCUAUCGCUAAUGCGUGGGGUAAAGAACACGCACCUCUAACCUUAGCACCAAUUCACCACCAAGUAUUCCAAAGAGUUCUCGCUAGCAUUCAAAUAGGUGAUGGAGACCCUCGAUUGGCAUUUGAUAAGAUUUUCUCUAUGGAUAAGGCCACCUCAUCUUCACAUGAUACCCCACGUUUCGGUCCAAAAAAUACUUAG